AUGGUGGCCAUUUUUGCUAAUACUCAGGCUCUACUCGAGAAGUUUCAGAGACAGGGACAACGAGAUGAGGUGUUGCAGUCACAGUCGGGUGGUCCUCUCUCGUAUGAUCAAGUAUCUGACCGUCCGCUACUAAGCACCACCAAUGUGGUUGCGGAUCUCUUGAACAAGCUCACGGGUGGAGAUCCUGCGGACUGGGAGCGAACGAUGUUUCUACUUGUUCAAGCCUGCGUUGAAGAGGAGAAUCGGCUGCUGCUGUACAAGUUCAAUGGCGUGCAGGUGCUUACCAGCUUGGUGCGGAAUGGGCGCACCUAUUUCACGAAGGUGUAUGCAUUGGAGUGUCUGGCGUGGUCAGCAGUUGCCGACUCGCAGUUGACUGAAGUGGAGUUGAACGCGCUUCGAGAUUGUGUUGGAGAUGCUGCAUCGGAAGAGCUGACACAAGUUGUGGACAUGUUGCAAAGUGGAACUGGCAGUGAAAAGACUGAAGCGGUGGUCCGGUGCGCAUGCAUUUGUACUGCAAGACACCCGAGUGAGCAGACAUCGUCUACUACUACAGCUUACUUGGUCGCGCUGUUGAGAAAUGGGAGCGAUACGCAGAAGUUGUGGGCAGCUGAAGCGAUAAGAAAUAUUACGGCGGAGAAGGAGUUGGUCAGCAACGAUUUCGUCGAGCAAGAUGCUAUCGGGCCGCUCACAGCUCUUCUCUUGGUUGGUACGAAGGAGCAAAAGCAUCGAGCGGCAUACGCACUGGGAAAUUUGGCCUACGAGAACGAGGCGAACAGCGUCAAGAUUGCGCAGGAGGGAGCGAUUGCACCACUGGUAACACUACUUCGUACGGGCACUGACGAUCACAAGGAGUUUGCGUCCUACACCCUAAGACAACUUGCUCUGAACAACGACGCCAACGGCGACAAGAUCGUGGCCGAGGGCGCGAUAUCACUGCUCAUUGGGCUACUACAAAACGGAACUGAUGGCCAGAAGAAGUGGGUCGCAUACACACUCGGGCAUCUUACAAGAAACCACGAUGAAAACUCGAUGGAGAUUGUCCGCGAAGGAGCCAUUGAGCCGUUGGUGGUACUUCUUGAAGCUGGGACGGACGGCCAAAUGGAGUUUGCGGCCACAGCACUGGGGAAUCUUGCGUUUGGUAACGACGCGCAUCGUGUUGAAAUCUCGCGUGAAGGGGCCGUCAAUCCGCUUAUCGCGCUUGUGCGAAAUGGAACAGAAGAGCAAAAAGAAAAUGCAGUGUGUGCCUUAGUGCGGCUUUCCCGGAACCACGACGUCUGCGGUGAAAUGGUAAGCAAAGGUGUUAUCGCUCCCCUGGUGGAUUUGCUUCGAAGUGGGACGAACGAACAGGCUGAAUUUGCUGCAGACUUGGUCUGGAAGCUUGCAAGAAGUCUCGCGUACGGCCACGACGCUAACAGAGUUGAGAUCGCUCAGAAAGGGGGUAUUGCUCCUCUCAUUGCCCUCGUUCAAUCCGGAACUGACGACCAGAAAUCCCAGGCAGCGCUCGCUCUCGGUAACCUCGCGAGUGACAACGACUCAAACCGAGCUCAGAUCGCUCGUGAAGGAGGCGUACCCCCGCUUGUGACGUUGUUGAAAACUGGAACCGAUGAGCAGAAAUCCCACGCCGCUUUGGUGUUGGGCAAUCUCGGCAGCGACAACCAAGCCAACCGCGUCGAAAUCGGUCGUGAAGGAGGCGUCGCCCCUCUCGUCGCCCUCGUGAAAAGCGGAACCGAGGACCAGAAAUGUUACGCGGCACUUGCGCUGGGGAAUUUGGCGAGCAAGAACGACGCCAAUCGAGCCGAAAUCGCGAAGGAAGGAGGAAUAGCGUCGCUGAUGGUUCUCGCUCGAUCCGGAUCGGACGACCAGAAGCUGUGGGCGCAGAAGGCCGUCAAGAAACUUUCCAGCCCGAAAGUGCUCAAGUCCAAACUUCGACUAAGGCUACGAUCCCUGUUUUCGUAA